AUGGACCAUGAAAAGGGUGCAUUCAGUGGACUCUCCACAGCUUUCAAGGCUGAGCUCGAACCGCAGCAUGCCGACCUCCUACUUUACGCUUGUUGUUUGACAUCGGGACUUGUGGACAGCACGAUAUACCGCGCCUACAAUACUUUUGUCUCUAUGCAAACCGGAAAUACCAUCUUCGUCGGACUGGGUGCAUCGCACCAAAACCUCCGUCCCUAUGGCUGGGCACGCUCGCUCACAUCUAUCGGAUGUUUCAUCCUAGGAUCCUUUAUCUUCUCACGAUUACAUCGCGUCCUGGGCACUCGGCGACGAGGGGCGUUGAUGCUUUCUUUCACAUUACAGGCCAGUAUCAUCCUGCUUACAGCUGGACUGGUAGAAGGAGGUGCCGUUUCUAGUGCGCUAGCCGGUGCAGGAUCACAGGCAAUACCCCCAUGGGAUCAGGAAGUCCCAAUUGUUCUCCUGAGUCUCCAGUCUGCUGGUCAGAUUGUGGCCAGUCGUGCCUUGGGUUUCAAUGAGAUCCCGACCGUGGUGAUUACCAGUCUUCUCUGUGAUCUGAUGUCGGACCCUCAGCUGUUUCUUAUGAGAAAUGUGAAACGCGACCGGCGAAUCAUUGCCUUUGUGCUGACGCUGGUGGGUGCCAUCGUCGGCGGAUGGGUCACCAAGGUCACUGGGGCAAUUUCUCCCAUUCUCUUUCUAUCGGCUGGUAUCAAGGGGGUGCUCGUUUUAGCCUGGGCUUUUUGGAAAGCUAAGUAG